UGGGCCCUGGGCCCGCGGUGGUGGUGGUUGAGGAGGGGGAGGAGGCCAUGUUCGGCAGGUUGUCCUUCCCUCAGAUGUCCCUGAUGACGGCGCUGGGGGUGGCGGGCGGCCUGUACGUGUACAAACCCAUCUUCCAGCAGCUCAGCCUGGAGUCCAGAGCGGGUCUGGGGGGGGAGGAGGAGGAGAAGGAGGAGGUGAAGGUGAAGGAGGAGGAGAAGAAGGAGGAGGUGAAGGUGAAGGAGGAGGAGAAGAAGUUUGUAGCCGAACUCGAGUCACGGCAGAUUUGGCCCCAGGGACACACAGUAUUACCUCAACCGGGGACGUAUGGUAACCCGUAA